GACGCUCGAUCGUCGAUCAGUCGUCGCCGCGCUUUCGCGGGGAGUUCGUCGUGCCAGUUUGUAUCCGUCACCGUUGUGUUUUUUUUGUUGUUGUUUAGGGGGUUUUUUCUGGACGAGUUCCUUUUCUUUUGUUUUUACACACCCCCUUCUCUCUGUCUCUCUCUUUUUAAAGAGAGACGUUAUUACAUCGAUUAACGAGUUACAAUUACCAAUAACAUUUAAGAACAAAUUUACUAAAUAAAAUAAUAAAAAGUUACAUCGGUGUUAGAUUUGCCUAAAUCACAGGAUGAGGAGGAGGAUCAAGUACGAUCUAUCGAAUAUUAUCGUGUUACGCGUUCUGUGACGUUUUUCUCAUGUCCCAGUUCAAAGUUAUGAUCAAGGAGAUCAAAGUAAUAAGAUAAGAGAUCAUCAAACACAUACACACAUAUAAAUCUACAUUUCUAUAUCGUCGACGGAAAAUGCCAAGGAUCGCACGGGAUACGAUAGUCGUCGUCCACGUUUGGUGGAUCCGCUGGAUCCAUCCUGGCAAAUAACGUCAACGCAAUCUGACAAGACCCACAAAAGUCUUCUGAAGAAGCAGAAUGCACCAUACGGCGCCGUGGUAUUUACCUUGGGGCCUGAAGCUGGUGCCUCUACCGAUACCACCAGGACAUCCGGCAUCCGGUCUACCCAAUCCCGGAUUGCAUCUAUUGGCACCCUUGCCUGGAAUUUAUGCUCCGGAACCACGAAAGAUCGAUUUGAAGCCCCUUCGCGAACCAACGAUACCACUGCCCGCAUCAAAGGUUACAGAAAAAAGAAAAGCCGAGGAAGCCGAUGCUAGCAAGGAUUUGAAAAAGGCGAAAUUGGAAACGAAAGCAUUGAAAGCGAAGAGGCCAGGAUUCACCGACGAACGUUACAAUGAGACCAGCUAUUACGUGGAAAACGGGCUUCGAAAGGUAUAUCCCUAUUACUUCACGUUUACAACGUUCACGAAAGGCCGAUGGGUCGGCGAGAAAAUCCUGGAGGUCUUUGCGAGGGAAUUCCGAGCCCAUCCUGCUGAGGAAUACGAGAGAUGUAUUCGUGCUGGUACGCUCACCGUCAAUUACCAAAGGGUGGACGUGGAUUAUAGAUUGCGACAUAACGAUCUUCUGGCUAACGUCGUUCAUAGACACGAGGUGCCUGUCACCUCGGAGCCGAUCACGGUGAUACACAUGGACGAGGACGUCGUCGUGGUCAACAAGCCCGCCUCCAUCCCUGUUCAUCCAUGUGGACGUUAUAGACACAACACUGUUGUCUUCAUUUUGGCCAAAGAGUACAACUUGAAGAAUCUUAGGACGAUCCACAGGCUGGACAGAUUGACAAGUGGAAUAUUACUUUUUGGUAGGACACCCAAAAAAGCAAGACAAAUGGAACAUCAGAUUAGAAACAGACAGGUGCACAAGCAAUACGUGUGUCGGGUCGAAGGUGAAUUUCCAGAAGAAGAAGUGGUCUGUUCCGAACCGAUCGAGGUCGUGUCUUAUAAAAUAGGUGUUUGCAAGGUAUCAGAAAAGGGCAAGGACUGUAUAACGCGUUUCAAACGUUUGAGUUACAAUGGAAAAUCUUCGGUUGUACUUUGCAAACCGCAGACUGGUCGAAUGCAUCAAAUACGUGUGCACCUGCAGUAUCUUGGUUAUCCGGUCGUUAACGAUCCACUUUACAAUCACGUAGUAUUUGGACCACACAAAGGAAAGGGUGGUAACAUCGGUAAGACAGAUGAAGAAUUGGUCAGAGAUCUAAUUAGCAUACACAAUGCUGAGAAUUGGCUUGGUAUGGACGGAGAUUCGGAUAUGAGUAUGUUCAAAUCUAAACUCGACAUUGAGGAACGUGAUCUGGCCAGCAUUGAUAAGAACGCUAACUCCUCACCGGAGGAAUCAUCUUCUACGGCUACAUUGUCGGAAGAGGAACGACCACCACCUCAGCAAGAACUUAAAUCACUCAAAGUGACGGUUGGAACACAAACUGGUUCUGAACCACCCGAUCAAAGUUUCGCUAACGACAAAGUUACCGUGGAUCCACACUGUUACGAGUGCAAAGUCAAGUACAGAGAUCCUAAACCAUCGGAUUUGGUGAUGUACCUGCACGCGUGGCGUUACUGUGGACCAGGAUGGGAAUACGAGACGCCACUACCUGCGUGGGCAGCCAGCGAUUGGACGGCCGAUGAUCGAUAGUUUUAAAAAAAUAAUAUGGGAAUUCUUGCGUUUCCAUAACGCGCGAUUUAUAAUAAUAAUAUUAAUAAUAAUAAUAAUAAGAAGAAGAAGAAUAAUUAAUCGACCAAAUGAUUCCCGAUGAACGAACGACAAAAAAAAAACAAACAAACGAACGAUCAUCGUGACGACCCUUUCAAAGAAUUUUUUUGAUAUCCUUAACCCCGUGCCUUCCAUCCGCUAUAAUGAGCGAUCAUCAUGGUGACCAUCGUAUGUGCUACGUCACUUUGUUGUUCCGGAAAGUAACGAGACUCUUUUGCAAUAUUCGAUUACAACAACAACCACAAUAA